CCCUUCUUCCUUCUCUCCAUCUUGGUGCUGAAAAUACCUUGGUAACCAUCAACCAUCAUCUCACGGUCUGGGCGGAAAACAUAACCAGGGCUCCUUUGCUCCUGCACACAGAACAUACCCGGCCCUUUCACUGACCCGGUUUCUGAUUGGAGGCUGGUUGUUUCGGAUAAUGACCUCCAGGACCCCUCUGUGGGUUACAGCCUGUUUCUUUAACUCUUACUGCAACUCAAGACGCCUGCAGUGCGGUGUGAGAAAGAGGAAAAGACCAGUAUUUUUACACCCCUAGGUACCGGGAGCACGGGAGAUUGACAGCAUUCCAGCUACCUGAGUAGUCAAGGGCUGGCAGCUUCCCAUGCAUCCCUUCCAGUCCGGCUGCUCGCGAAGAUGAGGGAUCUUCUUCAGUACGUGGCCUGCUUCUUUGCCCUGUUCUCUACUGGGUUCUUGGUUGUAGCCACCUGGACAGACUGUUGGAUGGUGAAUGCCGAUGAUUCUCUGGAGGUGAGCACAAAAUGCCGGGGCCUCUGGUGGGAAUGUGUCACAAAUGCUUUUGAUGGAAUUCGCACCUGCGAUGAGUACGAUUCUAUACUGGCCGAACAUCCCUUGAAGCUGGUGCUGACUCGGGCGUUGAUGAUUACUGCAGAUAUUCUAGCUGGGUUCGGAUUUAUUACCCUGCUCCUGGGUCUCCACUGCGUGAAAUUCCUCCCUGAUGAGCCAUACAUCAAAGUGCGCAUCUGCUUUGUGGCUGGGACCACAUUAUUAAUAGCAGGUGCCCCAGGAAUUAUUGGUUCUGUGUGGUAUGCUGUUGAUGUUUAUGUGGAACGUUCUACUCUGGUUUUGCACAAUAUAUUUCUUGGCAUCCAAUACAAAUUUGGUUGGUCCUGUUGGCUUGGAAUGGCUGGGUCUCUGGGUUGCUUUUUGGCUGGGGGUAUCCUCACAUGCUGCUUAUACAUCUUCAAAGAUGUGGGACCUGAAAGGAACUAUCCUUAUUCCAUGAGGAAGGCCUAUUCGAAUGCAGCUGUUUCCAUGGCCAAGUCAUACACGGCCCCUCGGACAGAGACUGCCAAAAUGUAUGCUGUGGACACAAGGGUAUAGAGUGCUGCAUAUCAUUCUGUGUUUGUAUGUUAUUUAAUUAAGCAAUAAUUUCAGGUGAAUAAAAUAGCAGGUAAACCAAGGAACAGUUAUUUAAACUUCAUGUUCAGCUAAAUUAAUUGUGCAGCUUAAUAAAAAAAAAAGUUUGUCACUUCUUUGCUAUUAUUCUCAUAUCCUUCCUCAUUCUUUCUUCUCUUUCUCUCUCUCUCUCUCUCUCUCUCUCUCUCUCUCUCUCUCUCUCUCUCUCUCUCUCUCUCUCACACACACACACACACACACUUUCCCUAUAUUUCAAGUUGAGUUUGCUAGAAUAUAAAAAUGUUUGUGAGUUCUAUAUUGCUAUUAGAGAUUGUGACAUGGUGAUAUUAAAAUAAAGUGACACUUUAAGAAUUGAAAGCAACCUUCAAAAGAUGCCGGAGAUUCUCAUCUUUGAAGGGAUUAACAAACUCUUAGCUCUUUCCCUGGGUUUCAGUUCACUUUUUAUAUUCUCAACUUAGUUAUUUGAUAACUUUGAAAAAAAAUGGUUCUUUUAAAUUCAAUCUAAAUGUUAGCACCUACUAUUGCUCUGAUUCUGUUAAAACUGAAGAGAGAGAGAGAAAAAAGUAGCUUUAUGGGCCAGCUACUGGUAGAAGUUAAAGGUAAGAAGUUUCCCCUUCACACUCCAAAUGUCAAAAGCAAAUGCUAAAAUAAUGCCGGAGUCAGUGGUGACUUCCUUCCUCAUUCACAAUAUAAGAGAUCUGUGUAUUAUUAUCACCACUCCCCAUUUGCCUAUGUAUUGCCAAAUUAUUAGACUACAGCAGUAAUAGUUAAACAAGGAGUUCACUCAUUUAUUGAUUGAACAUCCAAAUAUAUUUUAUGAAUGCACCAUGUAAGCAUUCACUAACUCAGGUGUCCUCUCACAACUAGAUCCUUAACCCGUCGCAAAAUAUCCAACAUAUGGUAUUAACAAAUAUUUGUUGACUGAAAUAAAUAGAGCCUCACAACUCUUUACUUAAAUAAUCAAAUUUCCUCAUAAAAUAUGUGCUUUUUUGAAAAAAAAAAAAAGAAUUCUGUAGACACUUAAAUCAAUGAAUGAUUGCUAAUGGAACUCAUUCAUAUUCAUAAUGUAAUCAUCUUGCAUUUUUUAAACGGUAAAGUUUUAAAAAUGUUUAUAAAAUUUAAUCUCAGCCUCUCCAAUUCCUUGUAAUUCACAUGAAUAGCAUCAAUCCUCUUGCAGUCCCUUAAUGAACUAUCAACUAAACUGGAAAUUAGUUCUUUGGAAAUGGAAAUUUAGUUGUGAAUUUCUGAAGACUCCAAAAGAAACACUUCAAAUUAAAAAAAAAAAAAAAACACUAAAAAUAAUGUGAAAA